GAACUUAUUGUUACUAAACUGUACUUAUUUUUACGGAACUGGAAUUAUUUUUACUUAAUAUUAUUUAUUUAAGGUGAAGUGAAAUGGGCCUUAGUCAAAUUUGUAUAUUGAAGAUUGUAUAAAACGAAAAUGGGAUAUUUUUUUAGGAAAAGAGGGAAUAAAAGUUCGUAGUAGUAUAAUUGUAAGAGAUUUAUUUUGGAUUAAGUAUAGAUACUGGAAGUAGUAUUUCAUAAAUUUCUUUCUUUUUUAAAAUUUUUUUUUUUAUUUUUUUAUUUUUAUAUAGAAGAAAGGUAUUUGCAAAGCAACACAUCUUAACUGGCGACUUGGCGUGACACAUAAAUAUUAAGAUACUACAAAAGUACCAAUGCCUAAAUGACUUUACAUAAUGGAGUUAAUGACAAUUGGGGUUGUUAUUGAUACAGCAAUGAUUCAAUGGGAUUGCUAAUUAUGCUUAAUGUUUUAAUGGAGUUGUUCAUAAUGUCGCAAGCUCAUACUCCGUAUACAAGUAUAUCACAUCUAACAAAUGAGCAUACGACGUGUAAAUUACAAAUUGCUUUUUGAGAUUUUUGUUUUUUUUUUUUUUUUUUUUUUUUUGGGCAUAUGAAGAGCUACAAAACUACAAAAGGCCUACGUAAAAUUAUAAAUUCAAUCUAAAAGCCAAAGGUAUGGUGAUAUGUGAAGAAAAAAAUAUAAUUGUGUGAAGAACUGAAGACUGUGAACCACCAUUAUCAUCAGAAUGUUCAUUUUUCUUAUAAAUUCAUUCACAUUACCAUUGCUUACUAUCGCUCACCAGACCGACCAUUAGAACCGAUAAUAGUCACUAUCUCUACAUCCUAGUUGAUAUAUAAUUAUAUACAAUUACCUAAAGCAACGUAUGUAGUAGAUUUUCAAUCAGGCAAGUUAGUUUGUUUUUCCGUAUGACAUAAACCUUAGAGGUAACUUAAUACGCAAUAAUGGGAGAGUUUGUUAAGACUAGCUUAUAAAAGUACAUACGAAAUGAUCUGUUUUUCUCCAUACAUAACUCCUUCCUUCUUCCUUUUGCUUUAUCCCUUUCUUUUCUAUCAAUCCUGCUAAGUUAGAGCAUUUCAUUCAGUAUACCAUCCCUCAAUACUCUUUACCAGCUAAGUUAACUGACAUUCGCGUUUUAAUUUCUUUCAUGAAUACAAAUGUAAAUGUUGUAGUCAAAAUAUACCAUCAACAUAACACUAAAAGUAGGUACAGUUUAGCAUACUUGCAAUUGCACCAUUCAUAUAUAUGUAGCUAGUAUUAUACCCCACAUUAAUGUUUAUACCAUAGGCAAGAUUCUUAAUCAAUUUGGUCAAAUUAAAUUUUCUUCCUCUGCAAUUUUUUAAUAAAUUGUUAGCUAAAUUCUUCCAAGAUGUUAGGAGUUCUUAUAGUGAUAUCCAGCUAAUUAAUUCUAUAAUUAGCAUGUUGAUUGUGUAAUUAAUACCCCUAGCAGAUAGCUAGGAUAGUAUCAUUUCAUCAUUUCAUGCGUGUAAAAUAUUAGAAAUUAAGACCAAAUAAAAAGUUAGCUUACAAUUUAGAUUUUUUUAUAGGUCUAUAUACCAUAAUAUAGAUUUUUUUUUUUAUUUUUGCAUUUUACAUAGCAAAAAUGGGAAAAUGUUUCAUAGAUGGUUUCUUACUCUUCAUUGUAAUGGUUUUGGGAUGUUGUAAGGGAAGCUUUUCUCAGAAAGAUGGAACAAAUACGUACGAAUCAGCCGUAGGCGAUCCAGGGAUGCGACGAGAUGGGUUAAGGGUGGCCAUUGAAUCAUGGAACCAGUGCAAUGAAGUUGGUGAAGAAACUCCAAACUUUGGGAGUCCAAGAGCUGCUGAUUGUUUUGAACUUAUUGAAGAUGCAGGGAAGAAAGAUUGUUACUCAAUACAACACAAAGUCACUGAGCAGGACAACGUAUUAGGAGUAGGGAAUCCGAUCCCAGGAGGAAAGUCGAAAUUCUUCAACAAUGUAGACCUGUAUGCAGCAGAAAAAGAAGUGUAUUUAGGCACAAAAUGUAAAGUGGAAGACAAGCCAAACCCAUGGCACUUCUGGAUGAUCAUGUUGAAAAAUGGGAACUUGGAUACUUACGCCGCCAUAUGCCCUAAGGAUGGCGUAAAAGUUGGCCCUUAUGGACCUGAUACUCGGUUUGAUUGUUUUGGAAAAGGGUGUAUGAGCCACCCUACAAUGUAUCAUAACUACACAACAUUAGUAGGAACUACCCUAAGAGGGCGAUUUUUCGGGACGUGGGAUGUGGAUAUUGAUUCGAGCAAGAUAGGAAGCAUUGAUCAAGCAAAGAAUAUUUCUUUCUACUCUGUUACCUGGGAAAAAGAAAUUGGGAAAGGGAGUUGGGUUUUUCGACAUGUUCUUAAGACCUCGACGAGGUAUCCUUGGUUGAUGCUUUACUUGAGAUCAGAUGCUAUCCAAGGGUUUUCAGGUGGUUACCAUUAUGAUACUAGAGGAAUGAUAAAAACUAAAUAUCUAGAAUCUCCAAACUUCAAAGUAAGAUUCACGUUGAAUGUAACUAAAGGAGGGGGUUCAGAGACCCAAUUCUACCUAAUGGAUAUGGGAAGCUGUUGGAAGAACAAUGGGCAGCCGUGUGAUGGAGACGUUACAUCAGAUGUCACGCGAUACAGUGAGAUGAUCAUCAACCCUGAGACAGAGUCGUGGUGCAAGCCUGAUAGGCUGGAGCUUUGCCCACCCUAUCACACCUUCCCUAAUGGUACCCGUGUUCAUCGUAAUGACACUAAAAACUACCCUUAUGACGCUUACCACAUGUACUGUUCUCCAGGGAAUGGGAAACAUUUAGAAGAGCCUAAUAGCAAGUGUGAUCCUUUUAGUAACCCACAACCUCAAGAAAUAUUGCAGAUUUUGCCUAAUCCUGUGUGGGGUGAAUAUGGUUAUCCUACAAAGAAAGGGGAAGGUUGGAUUGGUAACCCCAAGAGUUGGCUGCUUGAUGUGGGGAGAAUGUCACAAAAUUUAUACUUUUACCAGGAUCCAGGAACACAACCAAUCAAGCGGCGAUGGACUUCCAUAGAUUUGGGAGUGGAAGUAUACAGAGACCCUGAUCAAGUUGCAGAAUGGACUGUGAGUGACUUUGACAUCCUAGUACCAAGUGGCAGUUCUUCAAAUCUAAAUGACUAAGAAGUCUACGGUUUAGCUGAGACGAGGGAUUGGGAUUACAGAUACAUUACUCUGUAUAAAACAAUAAUCUUAUAUCGGGGCACAUUGGCUUCAAAGGGGUUCUUCUAUGGAUAUUCUGGAAGUAAGGGGACGUUUUUUGGGAUAUCUGAAGGCGAUAAUUGAAAACUCUGAUAACUGUUAUGUAUUUGUAUUUUCUCGUCACAGACAAAGUAGAUCCGUGAUUUUGGUAAUUGUACCAUUCUAACUUGCAAGAGGUGCUGUAUGACGGAAUACACAACAGAAAAUAGUUUAUAACAAUAAUUGUCGUUCCGGAAUUCCUGGGGAUGUGACUUUGAGA